AUGCCACUGAAACGUCAACGCUCAAUAUCUAAUCCAGACGUAUUUACGUCAAGUCAAGCUCGCAAACGUCGCACAAAAUUGGAUGUUGAGAUCUAUCGAACAAUUCUUGCGGUGAUGCGUAACGAGCUCACAUAUUUGAGUCAUAAACUGGCCGCAUAUCCGAUGCGAGACUAUGCUGGGGUCUUCAACGUAAUCGUUAGCGCUAUUCAGGAACCGUUCACUUAUGAGAUGAUGGAUAUCGAAGAGAAAUGCCGAGAGAUGCUGUCCAGCAAAGGUUUCAGUGAUGAACAAUUAGAGCGUCUUCAUCAAAUCAUUACAGAUCCAAAUGAUCACUUCCAG